UGGGCAAAAUAUUGUUUUCAGAUUGAUGCAUGCGAAUAUUAGCAGAAAGGUUCCACCAAUGAUCUCUAAUGUUCUACAAUGGGAGAAAAGGUCAGCAGCUUUCACGAGUUUGCGCUCCUUGAGCGAGAAUGCAGCCAAAGCUAAAGAAACCCAGUCAACGUUGGAAACUUCUAAUCCAUAUUAUAACAAAUAUAAAGACAAAAUUGCGAGAUUGAAAAAAGAGAAGCCUGAAUUGUUUCUGGACAAGCUGACUGCUCUGAAAAUUCCUGAAAUUGAGUCAGAGAGCUCAAUCCAGAAUUCAAAAUGUUCUCCAAAAGAUCUAACAGCUAGUCAAAAAACACCUGCUUUAAGUUGUCCAAAUAACUUCAAAGGCAGGAACGAAGUCUCAUCUAACGGCUCACAGGAGUUCUCUUUGGAUAAAAUAAUGCGCGUUGACCUCCUGAAAGAAUUACCGAGCGAUGAAAUUGGAACUAUCUGGAAAAAAUACCACGCGGACAAAAAUUUUGUUUGUGCCCUAAUAACCCAAUCCGAUUAUCAGCAUUUUCAAGAACUGAUGCGAAACUAUCCAACGUUUUUGUUAGCCCUUCCAAAAACUGAGGGCUUUGAGUUCAUUUACUCACAGGGACAGUUUUCGAGUCUACUUUUCACAAAACUAAGCAGUUUUCAAAUGUACAAAGAGAAUGCACCUAUAAUUCUAUCCUUGAAUUUCUACACUGAUUUGGCGGCAAGUAAGGAGAUUGUUUUGAUGAGAGGAGAAUACAAUGCAGAUGUUUUGAUGCCAAUUGAGGCGCAGACACUGGUGAAUCAACAUCAGCUGUUCUAUAAUAGAGGAGUCACAGAUGAAGACAGAGAGAGACUAAAACUGGUCCAGACUUUUAACUCUAAUCCGGAUAAGUUUGAUUAUAAUGAAUUGUUGAAAUAUAUACCUGGCUAUGGAAACAGUUGAUAAAAUAAAAGACUUUAAAGUAAGGAGAACA